AUGUCCCGGGAGACGUCUGGAACCUUUGCAAACGGCGCCAUGGCUGCCCAUCCAGGAAUCUCAGGUCCUGAGUUACCCGAAGUCCAUGACACAUUAACUUCACAGAACCAGUCGGCACGCUUGAGUCGAUCAGACACAGUGAACCCCUCGGCGGAGCAACACGAUUGGGCAUAUAACCGAUCUCCACUCCAAAAGCUUGAGGUUGCUUUGGGUGGAAUUAGUAAAGAAGAGAAAAGAGCCCGCGCGUUAGAAGCCGAAAGAAAGUUGAAAGAGCGAAUGGCUAGGAAGUCUGCGGCUGGUCCUCCUCCGGAAUCGCAAGAACGGGACAUGAAGCCAAACUCUCGAGCUACAUAUGAAAAUGACGUUCCAGAUAGACGGGCUUCUCGGAAAGACCCGAGGCUUCAGGAAAAUGGAGGCCAUGAGAGACCGAACUUCGACAGUCAGGGUAAAAACAAUAUUCAGCGAGAACCAGAGCCUCCGCGGCCUACAACUUCACGUGGUCUACCACCGUCGAUGCAUGGACCUCCGGCACGCCCUCUUCUAGAGUCGCAGGAUGCGAGCAACCGCUCCCCGGAUGUGGGAGCUGUGAAAGGAGGCAGUGCUCGACGUUCGGUUUCAAUUAGUCAACCGCCGGAAACGCCUCGCAUGUUGCCGCGCGAACAAAAGCAGGCCAACCCUCGAAACAGUCGGUCUUCAUCUUCCCAGGUGCCCCCGACGCAUCAGGUUCCCAAAUCAGCCAAACCAGCCCAAACGGGUGCUUCCAACGCUGGCCAACCAUACCCUGAUACUAGGACGAGAGCUCCCGUAUCUCGUUCCAAUCCUCAACAGAACGGUCAUCCCGUCGAACCACCAGCUGUUGCGGCUGUAGGUGAUAGAUUACCUGCUCCUCACGAGAUACAAGAUAGCGGAGAGUCCAUAAUACCAGGAAGUGAUGAAAACAUACAGCCCUCACAGACGAAGUCAAAACGCCAUACUGUUUCAUUCAAUGUGCCGCCACCGACACCCCCUCCACUAUCAGAAUGGAAGACAGCACCCACCGUGAAACUUGCGGCGUCCGACUUCAAUUUACAACAGUCCUUGGAUGUGGACAGAAGCAAGGCAUGGUGGGAAGCCGGAACCCGAGAUCGACGGGAAAGCAGGGCACUACCGAAAAACUACCAGAAGGCCCCUGCCCCGAAGCCAACGUCCUACAAACGCUUUCAACCCUUGAUAUUUCUAAAAAGCGGGCCUCUGCUCCGCUAUGCAGGCUUGAAAUGCGAGAGGACAGAUGGCCCGAAAGGGCCUGUCGACAAAGAGACUUGGAGAGGCACCAUUUUGAUCGUGACGAAAGACUCGAUCUCUUCAUAUGAACCAGCGCCUACGAUAAGACUGUUUUCUCAACCAAUGAAUCUCCUUCCUCCGCCACCUGCGCAGAUCAACAGUGAAGGAGUCCAGUUGGCACCCGAGUACAUCGACCCGACGGCUGGACUGACGAAACUCGGUCGAGAUGGCCGUCCUCUUUAUGUUAAACCGGUUGACCACACAGAAGAGCAGCUUGAUCUUUCAUCCGUCGAGAACGAUGAUGGUAUCUAUGAGAUGUCCCCGAGUGCUAUCGACUAUGGAUUUAAACAACCAAUACCUGCUAAUAGGAUUCAUUCAACGGACGGAGAAACAGUUGGAAUUUAUAAGGAGAUUCCAGCAUUCCGCCUCUAUGCCGAUGCGGGCAGAGAUGUCACUUUUUGGAGGUUCAACAUAGAGAUUGAGUUGGGCGAGAAGCAACAGCGGAUCGCAUACCGCCUGAAUCAAGGUCCUGCUAUAGGGUUCUGGGUGCCAGCCAAGGGCCAAUCGAUGAAUAUAAUGUACCAUUCUUGCAAUGGAUUCACGCCCGGUGUGGAUUCCGACAAGUUCUGCGGUCCGGACCCUCUGUGGCGAGACGUUCUCAACGAGCACCAAACACGCCCAUUCCACGUAAUGAUUGGUGGGGGUGAUCAAAUAUUCAACGACAAGGUCACCACCGACUCGGUACAUUUUCAGGAAUGGCUCAAGAUUAAGGAUGCCAGCGAAAAGUACGAAACCCCGCUCAAUUCUGAAUUUAAGGACGAGCUUGAGAGGUCGUACCUUGAAAACUACUCAACCUGGUUCUCCCAAGGGCUUUUCUCUCUUGCCAAUUCUCAAAUACCCAUGGUGAAUGUUUGGAACGACCAUGAGAUCCUCGAGGGCUUUGGGUCGUACCCCGAUGAGUUCAUGAGCUCGGCUGUGAUUUCAGGCCUCGGCAAUCUCGCAUACAAGUACUACUUGUUAUUCCAGCACCAUACUGUGCCGGAAGAGACAGAGGAGGAUGAGCCUAGUUGGAUUUUGGGCGCGGAACCUGGGCCAUAUAUCAACCAACGCAGUCGUCAUUUGUUUAUGUCUCUUGGUAAUGGGCUGUCUUUCCUGGGGCUCGACUGCAGAACUGAGAGAAUGUGUGAUGAAAUCAUCAGUGAGCGUACAUCUGAUCUUAUUUGGGACAGAUGUCACCGUGAGAUUAGCAGGGGCGAAACAAAACAUUUGAUUGUGCUAUCGAGCAUACCAAUUGCUUAUCCUCGAGUCGCCAUGGUGAAAAAUAUCCUGAACAGCCGACAGUCACUAGGAAAAGCUGGUCUUCUCGGUGGGCUGGUGAAUAGAAGGGGCGCCAAAGUUGAAAUAUUUGACGACCACUGGACAGCAAAGCACCACAAAUCGGAGCGGAGGUAUCUCAUUGAAGAUCUCCAAGAUCUUGCGGCAGAAAAGUCCAUUCGUGUCACCAUUCUUAGCGGCGAUGUCCACCUUGCUGCCGUCGGACAAUUCUACUCGAACCCUAAUCUUAAUAUACCCAAGGACAAGGACUACCGAUAUAUGCCCAACAUAAUCUCAUCCGCCAUUGCAGACGUCCCCACUACUGAAAUGAUAUCGGACACACUCAACCGACGAAACCAGGUCCACCACAUGGACAGUAAUACUGACGAGGAAAUGAUUCCAAUUUUCACACAUGACGUCAAUAACAAAGUGCGAAAGAAUAAGCGCCUGCUACCGAGACGCAACUGGUGCUCCAUUCGCUUGUAUGAGCCUGGCACUACACCACCCGUAACUCCAGAAUCCGAGUCUCCAGCUACCCCCGAUGAGCCACGCCCCAAUGUGCUCCAACGAACGCUGUCAUUGACUCGCGGUGAGAGACCCAAAAGUGGUCUUAUACGCCGACUCUCUGGUAAGGGCCGACCACCAACGAAGGAGUUCAACCUUGGCGGCGCUCCCCCGGAACGGCGAAUGAGCAUGGAUGGGCCAUUCCCACCGGCAGGAGCCGGUGAUUCCUAUUUCCCGCCAACGGCAGAGUUCCGACCUGGCCCAUUCCUCCGCCGGCCAACAAACCUAAGCCAGAAGGCUGGCAAGAGGGCAUCAAAACGCGUAGAUGAUGGUGCUGGUACAUUCGUUAAUUUAGAGGGCGGGCUCGCCGUGACUCUGAACCUGGAACUCAACCCGAAGGACCCAUCGGGUAUCACAACGCCUUAUAAGCUCCUCAUUCCUGCGCUCUUGUUUGAGGGCACCGAGUAUGACCCUCCCGCCGCACCAGUUACCAAGGGCUGGCGGAAGUGGCUCGGUGUGCAGAGGCACGCCUCGGACAAGCCUUCGGUAGACGAUGAUGAUGAAGCCGAAGCUGAAUAUAGCUCCGAAGAGGAGCACGAUACUCCAGACCAAGCCCAAGAACCCGGACAAGAAAGUCCCCAGGCUGCCGCUCAUGGUCACGCCGUGGUUCAUCCAGUGCCUCACCCAGUGGGCACCAGACCGGCACCCACUCCCGCACCUCAAGCCCUGGAUGAUGAGUACGACGACGAAGAUGACUCCGAGUUUUCCUUUGAACCGGAACCGGAGCCCGCGCCUAAUAUGAAGCGGAGCACAAGUAUUAAGAAGUGGUUUGGGAGGUCAUGA